ACCACUCACUCUGUGUCGAACGGUAUCAAUGACCAGUUUGCUGUAACGGGACGGAGCUGUUUUUCUUGUUUUUGUGCAAGAAAAAUUCUACACCCCCGUAAAGACGGGUGUUGGGAUGAAAAAUUGAUUCAUUCGAUUCAAACUGUGCCAGUCAGUGACAUUAGGAUAAAAUGCAGUGAUAAAGGAUUCAACCGGGAUGAAAAUCAGUGGAAAAUCCCAUCAGUGAGAGAAGAAAAGUAGUUUUCUUCAUUACAGCUUUACCACACAGCAGGAAGAAAGUUAUCGAUCGAUUUGUUGAAUCAGUGUACUGUUGUAGAAGGGAAGAAAACUCCGAGUGUUCAAUUUGUGAUUUGGACCGUUUCAAACCAGCUGGAAUAUCCUAUCGUGGUCGAGUGAAGAAAUAAGUGUGUCGCUUGAAGAAGAGUUUGCGGGGCAAAGGUUUGCAAGAUGGGCGACCACGGCCCGGAUAUGAACAUACUGGAAACUGAUUUCGUCGUUUUAAUUUCAGUGGUGCCCGCAGUGCUCGGAUUGACAGCGGCAGCUAUCCUGGCGGUGACAGCAUGUUUCUGUGCCCGCCGAAUUCGCCGUCAGAAAAAGAAGGCCGGCCAUGAAGUGUCUUCGCUGCCGUUCCAACCACCAAGGCCGCCACGUGCUGUACGAUCUCCCAGCGGACAACCACCACAAUAUCUAAAGAAAUCUCCAUCACCGACGGGAAUUAAACCUCCCCCAGGGGGGCACCUUCCAGCGCAAUCUCCCACGGAUCAAAGUUGCAUUCCAACGAAUCCGACUACCACCAUCUCCACAACCACCACCAAGUACAGCGAGGAGAAUGAGUUGACACCGAGAAGGAUUCAUCUGGAACCAAAUUCUCCGGAGGUUGAUACAGUGGACGGGAAUGACAAUGAAAUGGAGCCCGGAAAGUUAGGUGCAAUAGUGUUCAAACUGCGUUACUUGGCCGACCGGAGUGCUCUGGUUGUUUCGGUGGUUCGCUGCCGGGGAUUGCCGGGUAAAAAUCACAGCUCAACCACUACUGAUCUAACGGCUCUUCCCGCGGGACCUCUGUGCAAUGGAAAUGGAAAUGUGAAACAGAACGCAACCGAUCCGUACGUGAAGCUGCAGCUACUUCCGGAUAAACAGCACAAGGUUAAGACCAGAGUGGUCCGCAACACGCGCAAUCCGGUGUACGAUGAGGAUUUCACAUUUUACGGCCUGACCCUGAACGAACUAGCUGGCAUGUCGCUGCACUUUGUCGUACUUAGUUUCGAUCGCUACAGCCGAGACGAUGUGAUUGGCGAAGUGGUAUGCCCCCUGAGUGGAAUCGACCUGCAGCAGAUUGAAAACCAGCAGGUUGCCCUCAGCCGGGAAAUUCAACCGCGAAGCUUGAAGAUCCGUGCUCAAGGACGGGGUGAAUUGCUUAUUUCACUCUGCUGGCAACCGGCUGCCGCGAGACUCACCGUGGUACUACUUAAAGCCCGCAACUUACCGCGGAUGGAUGUGACGGGACUGGCUGAUCCGUACGUCAAGAUCUAUCUCCUGUACAAUGGACAGCGAAUUGCUAAGAAGAAGACACACGUCAAGAAGCGGACCCUCAGUCCGGUGUUUAACGAAAGCUUUGCGUUCGAUAUCCCGUCGACAGAGGGAACCGGAGCCAGUCUGGAGGGUGUUUCGCUCGAACUGAUGCUGCUCGAUUGGGAUCGAGUAACAAAGAACGAAGUUAUUGGCAGGUUGGAACUGGGAGGUCCGCGAAGCACCGGUUCGGCACUGAACCACUGGAAGGAGGUGUGUAAUUCGCCUCGCCGACAGAUUGCCGACUGGCACAAGUUGCGGGAGUAAGGGAACGGUUUUUAACAAAUUUCGAUUAGAGUUUAACUUUGAUUUCGAAGUUUGAUCGGUUUGCCAUUUUGUUAAUGUUUGUGUUUGAUGAUAGUUUUCUCGAUUUUUUUUUGCAUGGAUUGAGAAGUGACAAGCAGCAAACCCCGUGAGAAGUUAUUAAUAUAAAUAAGGAUCAGGUAUCACUACUCGAUUCAAAGAAGGGGAGCCUUUUGAUUUAGUCUAAUAUUUGCAUUAUUUGUGUUCACAAAGUUCAAACAAUUAAUUGAAAGGUCGAUUUAAUGUUAUUUAUUAAAAUAUUCUGAUUUGUACUGACCGUCUACUGAAUGUUACCUUUCAACAGUUAUCUUACAAAACAAAAACAAAAUCUAUAUUAAUCUAAAAAUGACUGGUAUUACAUAACGAAUGAAGCUUCUGUAGGUUCAAACAAUAGAAGUAGAGGCAAACAUAAAAGAUUCAACCUAUAUCAACAAAACAGAUAUAGAUCUAUACUAUAUCUCAAUAUUAAUCAGUUAGUAAAAUCCUCAUGAUCCUUGUUCUUCGAGAUUACAGCAGGUUGCUAAAAAAGAAAACACAUGCUACACCACAUGUUACACAUAAACAAAGAAAAGAAAGCACCUUACGCACUAUGAGCCACGAUGUGCACGUAUAUAAAUUAAACAAGAACCGUUUGAAAAUAAUUUAAGAAAAUCUCUGAAACGAGUAGAGAUAAAAUACAGCUAUGUUUGAGAAGAAUUCCUCGAAAGGAUUCCUUUCCAUCUAUUGCAUUUUGUAAAAAUGCAGCCUGAUAUGACUGAUAAGAUAAAGCGAUUGUUGAAAAUUGAUAUAUUAUAUUUUCUAUUACAUUCGACAAAUGUGCUUGCGUUAGAAAAACUCAGAGUAUGAGAUGAAUGUAAAAAUAGGAUCCCAUCGAACGACUGCUUUUCAAUAACAUCCAGCUUUUUCUGUGCCAUAGAGGAGACACCUUGUCCAGGUUAAAUCUCGUGAAUUCAUGACUACAAGUUUUUAAUUACGUCGUACAAGUAAUGGCGGUUAUUCUCGAUCGUAGCAUUCGGAUUUUGAUUCUGGAUUCCUGCUUAAAAAUCACAUUUGCUAAUUCAGUAGGUUUCGGAAUGCGAACCUUUUCCAGAAAUCAUUAAUAAUGCUGAGGACAUGGAUAUGACAAUUGUAUGACUAUGUAAAAGGCAAAACACGCUGUGUUGCAUAGCGUUGCUUGCAGAGCUUUAGCUCACCCGGAAUAAUUAUUCGCUCUUUGCUUACUGUAUCUGAUGCCGGAAAAUAAUCGGAACUUCGAGCAAAAAAAAAUAGAAUUUAUUCGCUUGAGAACCGCCGUUGGGCACGUUGGGGUGCUGGCGUUCUUGGGAACGACUGGGAUCUUCACACUCUCCAUCUCCUUCAACGACCACUUCGCGUACCGUGGCGAAGCCACAUACGGCCAGAAUACGAUAUUGUCCAUCGGGUGGUAUUUCUUAAUGAAGCCUGCACUUUCAGCUAAAGGCUGCAAUUUCUAAGCCUUCCAUUGACCGAAAGUUGAAAAUAGAAAAGAAGACUGACUUUGACAUCCCCUUCUCACUGAUUGUCUGUCGCAAGAGUACCCUUGUUUGGAGACUUCGUGUGGGAGAUGUACUUCACGUCGCUGCUGAAAUAACCGGUAACCCACCAAUCAUUGCCAUUGAGUAUCAAGUACGUCGCGUCGUCCAUAUUCAUAACCACGUUAUGCUUAUUGAUGAGCUUGAGCCUGAGCUUGAGCUUGCCACGCCUGCCUGUCCCACUUGAUCUGGACUAGCUGAAGUUGCACAGGGAAUCAGUAGAUAAUCAUGCUUGAGAGUAGCGAAACAUUUUUCAAUGUGAUACUCCUGGUAAUCCUAGUGUUAAUUGAUCAAUACCGGCGCCGGCCAGGCCCGAACGUAGAUCGCGGACGGAAAGAGAAGGAAUGUUAGUCCGAUACUUGCUUUUGCUGGAGGCCGUAUAUACUACUGAUCACUCCACAAGUAUCACGGGAGGAGGAUAUUUGUUAGUAAGUAUAGAAGUUGGAUACUACUUCUGCAUUACCGACAUAGAGGUCACUCAAGAUUAUCCGUCCAUCAACUCAUGGACGAUCCAUCAACUCAACGCGGGACCAACGGAUUUACUUCCCUUCCGAAGGAAGACGUGACCACAGAUUUUUUCACCUCAGAAAAAUCUCAACGACCUUGGCUGGAAUUGAACCCAGACCAACUGGAAUGAGUAGCGGUCACGCUUACCACUCAACCACCGGCGCCGUCUAAACCACGUUACGCUUCUUGAUGAGCAGCUAAGCGGCUGCUUUCGGAUGGUCGCUUGCGCUUCCGGCAUGUUUGGCCUCGACUUCCGCAUUCGACACUACUGGCCUCGACUUCCGCUUCCUGAUACGAGGUCCAUGUUGGCCAAAUACUUUUUGAGCAUCUGGCCAGUUGCACUGACCUGCCGGCCCAAGGUGCGGCAGGGUUUCGCCAACGUUAGUUUCGCUAUCUUGCUUUCUAUCUUCCGCUUUAGCUCUUGCUGCACCUUCAGGUAACGCAAAACCAAUCGACUUGUGCUCGAUUAUUUCACCUUUUUCUAAGAGCGACGGGAUCUUGUAUACGGGCGCUCGGCUGUAUCCGACCGACACAAAAUGCGCUACGAUGACGGACUUCUUCGCUCCGGGGUGGAGCCGACGGUAAUUACAAAUCGUAUUAGUUGCUGAUAUUCGCCAUAGCUUCAGCAAACGAAUUGAUAGACUGUCAAAUAUAUUCUGUCUAUAGAAUACUCUACGGACACAGCUAACCUCAUUUUUACCAGGUUACUAGUGCUGGUUAUUUGGGCUUGUUGACGAUUCGAUUCGUUCAAAUGAAAUCGUAAAGAUUUUUUCUAAUUCCACGUAAACUGUACUAGUUACAUAACUGUCAAAGAUGGACACAUGAGUUCAUUUGUGACGUCACCGUAAAGUAUUCAAUAGUGUUCUUACCAGAUUUUGUUCGAGUGUUCAUUUUUGACAGUACGCUUGCACUGUUUACAUGGACUUAUGGCGUUUUUUUCUUAACCCCGAAACUGAGUCAGGUUCUAACCCCAACUGCUGUCAGUUCAUACAUUUUGACAGCAGUUGGGGUUAGAAACACUUUCGCUUCAAGCAAAAACGAUAUUAGAAAUUAUUAGAAUUCAGUUAAGCGCAGCUGGAAAUGGAACGGAAUUCUGGCUGGUUCCAGCUCGUAUUCCGGCUCCAAGGACACAACCGAUUCUAGGUAGAGUGUGUGUCACUGGAGCCGGAAUACGAACUGGAAUCAGCUAGAAUUCCAGUUCAUUUCCGGCUAAACUUUACUGGGUAGUUGUCCACAAUCGUGACUAACUGUGUCAGUAAAGAACCUAAUAGAGAGAGUGGCAUAGAGUUCUAUGCAAAUCAUUUCACACACACUAAUUGGGGGUUUGUUUUCCUCCAGCUGUCAUAUAUAAAACUGUCAGCCAAUUUAAACAUUUGAAAUAGCUCGCGUAAAGUAUUUAUAAUGGUGUUGAAAUGCUCUAUGACACUGUAAAACUUAUUACGGACACGUACAAUACCGGUUGGUCGAGCUCCAUGAUGAAAAUAAUCCGACCGAAAAGUUAUUUUCGAUUUGGUUUCCUCCACCUAUGACAGGUGGAGGAAAACAAAUAGUUGAACACACUAAUACAGUUACACAUUGUCAAGUACUCUAUUGGAGAGAUGCGAACACUACACUACACUGAUAUAGUCAUAAGUAUUUUUUGCGCUUUGAUUUUUAAAAAUCCGUAACGUUUACUGCUAUUCAGAUUAAACUUCGUGAAUCUAAUUUUUUUCGUGUAGUCUUUUUUCGUCACGAUAAACGAAAAUCCAAUAGGGAACAAAAUCCCGUGACAAAUUCCUGUGGUGCACAGGUUCAACUGAGAAAGUUGGGGAAACGAAAAAAAGAAGUUUUUUCGUUCUUGGAAAAUGAAAAAAAGAAGUUUUUUCUCACACCGUUGCAAAAAUCUUCAUGAAAAUCAAUCAGUAAUACCACAGAUAAAAGACGUUUAGGCUCGAUUUGAAUCGUGUGUAAAUACCCGCUACUGAGAUUCCGAAUAAAUCAGACGUCUGAAAAACGUUUGUAGAUGGCGUAAUGGUCGAUACAAUGCAGUUAGAGUGCAGCUUCAAACACGUAUAGCAAAUAGUUGCGCAGAUGGCAAUAGUGAAACACGGAUUUCCAACGUUUAUAAAUUUGAAAGUUUACGCAGGUUUUUGAAAAAAAAUUGUUCUAGCCUAAACGUCUGUUAUCUGUGGUAAUACUCUACCAAUCGACACAGAUCUUUCAUUAGGGCCUAAGUCGCAAUGUACUCAAAUGGAGAAAAAUCAGUUUCAAUAUUCGGCGAUGCUUUUCUAAAUGUAGUUUUUAUUGUAGGAAUAAAUUACUUUAUGACCAUGUUUUUCCGGAAGCAUCUUUGGUUAAACCUUAUGACAAUAUAACAAAGAAUUUAAUUCCUAUGUGCUUUUAGUGGGUAGAAACUAAAAAAAUGCUUACGCCCAAUUUGCAUCCCAGUCGUUAUUUCGCCCUUCAGCAACCACCAUUUGCGGAAGGGCUAAACUGUGUACAUAAUUUUCAGAAGGGCGCGGUAAAUGGGCUAAACUGACUCUGUCUUGCUGGGUAGGGCUGGGAAAAUGGGCGAGCUUGACAGUAUACUUUUUAAUAGGGCUCAGCAAAUGGGCGCAUAGAAACCCAAUGUAAAUGAAAGGGCUCGUGCAUCUUUUCUUCGAAUUACAUGAAAAUAUCGAAAUAUUCGAAUGUUUAUAUGCAACAACUAUCGAGUAGACAUGAUCAUAGUAGAUAUUGCUUAUCAUUUAUAUAAUAGAACCGCCGUUUAAAGAAUAAUUUUGUGAAUAACAACCGUACGCCCGGUUCUGUCAAAAAAUGUAAGUUUAGCCUUUAUAUUCCAUAUGAUAAGAAGGGCCUAAGUCGAAAUCUCGAAGAAAAUGCAUGUUUCGCCAUUUUGUUUUCUUUAAUUAUAAAUCGAACUAAAAACCAUUUAAACCAAUUUUCACCUCAAUCUUGUAGUAUUUUGUCGCAUAAUGUCAUAAUAGCGAAAACGCAGUUUGUUUACAUUUGCGAUUUAAGCCCUAAUGAAAGAUCUAUGUCGCAAUGUCCCGAAUACAUUGAAUCAUUUUCAUGAAGAUUUUUUCAACGGCGUUAGUUAAAACGGCUUUUUUCGGUUUUCAAGAUGGCCGCUUAUUGAGGCGUUCUCAGUUGAACUUGAAACUGUGGUUCUGUGUUGACAUGAACGACAGUAGUCAAAAAUAAGUUGAAUAAACACAAUUCGUACUAGACCGCCAUCAUAACACGUAAAAGCUGGGUACAGGGAACAUGUCGUCAAAAUGCUGUUUUUCUCUCCGAUCAUCGCUUGCUCUUAGUUUUUCUAAUUCGCGCAUGAAUUUUCCUAUUCAAAUUAUGACAUCGCUGGGCAAACUCUUCGCUAGUUUGUUUACUGGAGAUUUGCGAAGUGUGGUAUCAACACAUACCUAUUCGAUGAGUAUUACAAAUGACAAAUCGCAAUAAAUGAAUUUCGCACGCCCACAAAAUGCUUAUAUGAUCGUAUACAUUGUACAUUGUAAGAUAUGUAGGAAAGAAGAGGGAUUUCAUAAAUUAUUUCAACCGUAAAAAUGAUGCUGAUACUCAUAGGUAAGACGAGUGCUAUUGAUAUAACUUGAUAGAAUCACUAAAACCAUACAAACAAGCUUACCAAUAAGGCAAGAUAGGUAAUGAAAAAUAUUUGUCUUUACUAACAAUAACAAUAUUUGAACACAUUAAGUGAAAAUGAUGAACGAUUGACAUAUAGGCUGACUAUUUAACAGAGAAUUAUAUUUUUGUUAAAGUCAAUAUAUUAGACAAUUAGUUUUUGUAAGUGUACAUAGAUUUCACGAGAAUUAUUAUUUACGAUAUUUAAAUUUUUUGCGAAAUUGUUUAGAAACUCACGUACGGAAAUGUCAGAAGUCAGUCUCUUUACGAUUCAACGUAUACACGUUAUGUAGGAAAUGAUUCGCGAAUUUAAAUAUCAUCGUUGUCAGAGCCAACUCAGAAUAGGUUGUAAACACAGUUUAACCCGAUGGAAUCAUUCCUUUCCUUGUCAAUUUGUUGACUUAAAGUGUCCCGCAAAAUUCGGUGGUGCAUACCGUUGGAGAUUAUAUAGGUGAUUUCAGUCUGUUUUACCAAUUUUUUCAAAAUGUAUUCGCAGUGAUUUUUUGGGGAUUCAAGCUAAGAUUUUCCCUCAGAUACCAGAUUUUCAUUUGAGGAAUUCGUCGACUACCAGGGACCGCAGAAUGAGUGACAGCACUCUUCCUUGAGGACAGCCUCUAGGAGUUCACAUGUUUAUGCUGGCAAAGUUUGCCCUACCAUGUUAUUGAUUAUUACGCGAAAGUGUUCUGCAAACAAAUUUACAUUUUAACGAGAUAGUGGAUAAACAUUCGACUGAAGAUUGAAGGGAAAUAAAAUGGGUUGGUUAUAAAUGUGUCAAAGACGAAACGCAUUAGAGCAAGAGGUUCGUAGAAAGAAACAUUACGCCUCUCACCGAGCACAUAGAUUGAUGGUGAUGUUAUCGAGGUGGUUGAUGAGUUCGAGUAUUUGGGCUUACUGGAGACCGCCGAUAAUGAUACCAGCAGAGAAGUUCGGAGACGCAUUUCUGCAGGUAUAUUGAGUUUCGAAAAAACCCUUCGGUUGAACAAAGUACGCAACCGCACGAAAUUAACCAUUUUCAAAAUCUCGACAAACAUAUGAUUAUGGCCUAAAAGCCAACUGUCAAAAUCCACUUUGAAUGGAAAUUCCAGACAAACUGUUACUAGUCGAACACAGCUCACAACAGUUUAUGAA